AUGAAGAUGAGGAUUCUGCUGAAGAUGGCCUUGCUGUUCUACUGCGUCCAAAGCAGAGAGGGACACCGGCUGCACUCACUGACGGCGCUGCGAGGGAGGGCGGGAUCGUCCCACCCCAGCGGGAGCGGCCCGCGGGGCGAGGACCCGGGGCGGCGGGCGCGGCGGGGGGCGGAGCCUCCCUGCGGCCUGAGGACCGUGCUGCUGCAGGUGCGGGAGCUGGGCCUGGGCUACGAGUCGCGCGAGGCCGUGCUGUUCAAGUACUGCAGCGGGGCCUGCCCCUGGGUGCGCUCCAACCACGACCUCACCCUCACCAGCCUGCUGCAGAGGGGCGCCCUGCCACCACCGCUGCCCGGGGGGAGAGCGCUCGGCACCCCCUGCUGCCGGCCCACGCACCACGAGGACCUGGCCUUCCUGGACGACCAGCACCGCUGGCACAAGGUGGAGAAGCUGUCCGCCGCAGGCUGCAGCUGCCUGGGAUGA